AGCACCAGUAGCAUUUGAUGACUUGCACAAGGGGGCUUUCAUAUAGCGAGUUUUUGUCUUAAAGCAGCUUAGUUUAGCUUGAAUCAAAUACUAUGAGUUUUCCACAAAAAAAAAAAAAAAAAAAAAACCACACACACACACACCUAAUAUUUCAAACAAUUGCAGUGUCACAACAGGCAGAGGUGCUAUCAUGAUGAUGCUUCCAUUCCAGAUAUCAGCUUAUUCUGCGUCAUUUUUAAAUCCCACUUUCCAACCACACCCGCACCCAACGAUAAACACAACAAGAUGCCUCGGGAUCAAAGAGCGAUCAUUAAGUUAAAUCCAGGGGACAGAGUGGAGAUGACUUCUCAGUGCGAAUUGGAAAUAAUAAUCCCGAGGAAUCAGUCGCAGCAUCGGCGCCAGAGCCGACGAGGUCGCCGUAUUCAACGAAAGCAGAACCGGAGUUGUUCUUGUCAGAAGCAUGAGCAGCCGCAGACUCCGGAUUCCCAGGCGCAGCAGCCAUCCCGAGGACAGUAUCAGCUACAGAGCAAGCCUCAGAGCCAGCCGGUGGGCUAUCGGCCCCAAAUCGAGCCUCAAAGCCGGCAGAAACAGCAGCGUCCGUAUACAAAGUCCAUGGAAAAGCAAGUUGAUGAGGCUACGCGGCGACUAUCUCAACAAGGGUUCCGAUCACAGCAGCUUAUGGAUGUGGCCCAGUCCCGCUCAGCAUCUGACCAGGCCUCUUCUCAUGAUACCGAGUCGCAAAAGUCGAUUCCGUACGUUCUGGGUUCGUGCGAUAUUCCUUGGAUUUCAGCCCAGCUCGGGUCGGGAAAGCCUUCAUCGGAGCCUGACACUGAUUAUGAGUUGUUGGACUUUGAUGGUUCAAGAUCUCCAUCUAUAGUGAGCUUCAACUCGGACAGUGAUGAGAGUAUUGUUAUGAUCGGAAAUUGGAAAGCCACCGAAGGUGACGGAUCUUGGUGGUAGAAUCUACCUGAUGCGUUGAAGAAUGCUGUCUCGCUAUCUUUGCUUAGCUUAGCUCAUGAAUUCAAGUUCUGGA